AUGGGGAAGCAUGAAAGUUUAGGCUCACCUGCUAAGUCAAUGCAAGAGAAGAAAAUGAGGGAAGGCAGCUCUAUUGCUAUAUCACGACAAGACAAUCAACAAGAGCCGAUAGUGAAACAUACCGUAAAUAGAGCCAAUGAUUCAGAAAGAAGCAAUUCUAAGAAGAAAGAGGAUGUAAAUAUACACAAUCACAAUGAUCAUAAUGAACAUAACGAAAAUAAUAACAAACAAAUAAUAUCGCAUACAUCUAACAAUAAUAGUAAGAAGAAGAAACGUCGAAGUAAGUCCAAGGCUAAGAAUAAUACAAAGACAAAGGCAUUGAAUAACGAAAAUGGACUAGGAGAUGAUGAAAAAAGAUCAAAAGGUCAUAUAGACGAGAAAUUGAAUAUACUGAAUACUCAUAAGAUAGAUGCCCAAGUGUCCCUCGUUAGGACGCCCGUGUUGACGCCCGAUGAAAACGAAGACAGAGAGACAGAGAAUCAAGGGUCAGAACACAAGCCAUCCGUGCUUGAUGUAAAUUUCAAAAUUAAUCCUCCUAUCGGGACUGAUCAAUUACAGGCGUCAAAUUUAAGUCCUAGAAAACAGACUAUUUUAAGAUACAAGAAAAGCGACGAUGGGAUAAAUGAGAGGUCACUUAUAAGUGAAGCCAAAGAAAACUUGAAAAAUAAGAAGAUAAAUUCCAAGACACCGGAGUCUCAGUGUAGCAAGAUUGAUGAAACAAUGGUGUCACCGCAAACUGGCUUAGAUAUGGAUAAAAAAGUCACUUUAUUUAAACAUAAAUCUUCGCGGAUAUUAGUAUUUGACGAGCAAUUGAAUGAAAAGAAGACCGAAAUUGAGAAAGCAUCAUCAGGUAGAUUAUUGGGGCACGGAGAAUUUGAGAUUUUUCAAUUGCAUAAUGGUGAUGUAACUUAUCUUUCAUGCGGACCAUCAUUUGUGUAUCCUUUAUUACCAAAGUUGAAGAUAUUGAGAAUUGAUUUCAAUCAGUUUAUAUUGCCUUUGGUGAAUCCUGAAAGAUAUUGGAAAAUCUCUAUAAAUUCCGAUGAUAGAUAUCUUAUCGAGCUGUUGGAGAAAACGCUUGAAGAAAAUGUGAAGUAUAGAAAUCUAUUUUUUGGAACAAAUCAAUUGAGUUCUACAAGCAUUUGUGAAUCUAUAGAACAAGAAAUAACCCAAAACUAUGCUAAUGAUAAUGAGACUAAGCAAACUCCUGAUUCAGAGGCUAUAAUGAAUUCAAGUGCCGACUCUAAAAAAAAUGAAAUUCCUGUCGCCGAAAAUGCAGCAAACUAUCAGUUUCCUAUAAUUUUCAACGAAAUACCGGAUUCACCUCCGUCAGCACCUUUAUCACCACAUAAUGAAAACAUCACUAAUGUGAAUCUUAUGACUCCAACAAAAAACCCACAUCUACUUCCUGGGUGGUCUCUAAAAAAGAAACAAUCAGAUCAGUCAAUUAAUAGUGCUAUGGCGAGCCUAGAUGUCAAUAAAGAUAUAGAAACUAUAGCAGCCAAUAAUCGCGUUAGAAGGACAGAUUCGAAAGGAAUAUUUGGCUCCGAUAAAGUAGGAGCACCUUUGACAUUAAACCAAAACCAAAAGGUACAUCAUCCAAAACCAAAGAAGUUUGCAAAUUCGCUAAACAAGAAUCCUAUCCAGUUUCAAAAUAAAACUCAUAAAUCACAAGAUAACAAAUCAGAUUCGUCCAUGGAUUCCUUGUUAGACGAAUACGAAGAAAAUAUUCAUACCACAAAAUCUAUAACCUUCAAUUCAAGACCGCCUUCAAGACCCAUGUCGGUAGUAUCAUCUUUUUCUCGACCACAAAUUAACUAUACAAGAGGCUCUUAUUUUCAUGGACCCAUUGAAAGAGAUGCAGAUGAUCUUACAAAUUCUCAAUGUAAUGAGACCUUUGAGAACCAAGAAUUCCCUACUACAUCAUUAUCUGAAUAUAAUAAGACCAGAAAUGGUGGUAAUAGUGGCUUUGUGAAAUCUCGUAGAUCUUCACGUAGUGAGUUGUAUACUUCUGAGAGUAAUUGGAUGGAACCGAGUGCUACAGCAAUUGAAAGUGGGCACAACAGAACUAUGAAGCCAAGAAAUAGUGUACAUGACCAUGUUCGUCCUAUAUCUAACGACGUAAAGCAGAUUUAUAGGUCAUUUACUCAGAGAAAUUUAUCUCAGUACACUAACGACCUAAGGAGCGAUGCAGAUUCAAAGUCUAUGAAGUCGCAAACGAGAAAAGUUCAACCCACUUUCAAUCCUGUAAAGAUACGGUCUCCGACUAUGGGAAGUCUCCAUCCUAAAGGUAGCUAUGCCAAUAGUGUGAUAAGUGGGCGUACUGGUUACGAUUCAAUUUCAAGAUAUAACGGUAUCAACGAAUUACCAAUUCCACAUAGCAAAUCGACUCGCCGAGAUUUGGACCAACACAAACUGGGAAAUUAUAAGGUUAAAUUGAAUUCGUCAGAAGUUUACAAAAUGAUUAGCGAAAGUAGGUCGAAUAAGAAUUUGAACGGAAUCAUAACAGCUUCUCAAGACACUAAGUCACAGGAGACAAAAGAAAAACCCCAAGGUACGGGAGGGUUUGCAUCGAGGUUAUUUGGCUGGUAA